AUGGCCGGCAAGAAAGAGAACACGAAAAAGGUGGCGGGCAACGCUCGCAAGGCCGAGGCGGCGGCCCAAAAGUCGGCUGCCGAAGACGCCAAGCUGGCAGCCGCCGAGGCGGAAAAGUGGCAGAAGGGUUCCAAGAGCAACGCAAAGAAGGAGGCUGAAGAGGCGAAAAAGGCCGAGGCGGCGAGGAAAAAGGCCGAGAAGGAUGCGCUGCUGAAGGAGGAGGAGGCCAGCAUGGGCGGUCGCGCCGAACCGAAAAAGUCCAAGGCGCCGGUGAAGAAGUCCCGAGGCUUGGAUCUGUCGCAGCUCGACAGCCACGGCCCGGCCACGGCCCUUAACGCGUCGGGCAUCGACAACGCCCUCGACGCGCUCUCGCUGACGACGGCGACGGACGACGGCAAGAUCGACAAGCAUCCCGAGAGGCGCUUCCCCGCCGCCUUUGCCAAGUACGAGGAGAGGCGGCUGCAGGAAAUGAAGGCCGACGGCAGCGGUGUCGGACUGCGCCUGGACCAGCGCAAGCAGCGGAUCCGAAAGGAGUUUGACAAGCACCCCGACAACCCUUUCAAUCAAGUCACGGCCGCCUACAACGCGACGAGGGACGAGAUGAGCGAGCUCCGCUCACAGGAGAAGGCCAAGAUUGAGAGCCGGCUGGGCAAAUAA